GUCGCAGUUGUUGUUGUUGUGACGUAACAGCCGGCAAUACACGAAAUCAAAUUUAUUUAUGGCUCGGAAAUCAAUUGAUUUUAAUUGCGGCUGCCGCAUUAGGUAAACAAUUUUUUAUUAGUCGCGCAAAAGUGUUCUGUGCUCGCGACAAAUCGAUAACAUAGCCAUUGGCAGUGGAAUUACAAAGCCAUUUGUGUACGCGGGAGAGCACGUGUAGGGUGUUUGGAGAACCAAGAGCUCCGAUCCACCUGUGGGAGAGUAAUUCCGCACACUUGCGUUUAUGUUCCAUGAGUUGAGUGACAUUCAAAAGGCAAUUGCGAGCGUCGCAGGCCGGUUGUGUCUGCAAUAGCCGUAUUAUAAAUUCACAAUUAUCUAACAAUCAUUGGAACAGCGAUUUCUGUGUAAAUAUAACGACGCGCUCGCUCCGAAGUGAUAAUUUUGAAUCCGCGGAGUGCAAAGAUUAGAUUGAGCACCCGACGACCAUGGCCUGAUACACCAGAUUGUCCGUGAAUCCAGGCUACCACGCCAGCGACAUAUUCAGGUUACCCCCGUCCAAAUGUGGAUGCAGAACACCAGCUACCGGCAACCGAUAUUGGCACUCCCCCUUACGCUAAGCUAGCGCAAGCUUUUGGUUCCAUCGUUACGUGAUAGCAUUACGUUAGGGACCGCUUGACCGUUACACAAUCCGCAAGAUGAAGGAAUGGCUAAAGAUCUCGUGUCUGCUAUGCAUCUUCGGAUUCGUUCGCGAGAUCCGGCCAUCGGAGCCGUACGUCACAGAGUACCUCCUGGGUCCUUGGCGGAACAUCACAGACGAACAGCUCGUGCAAUAUGUCUAUCCGGUGGGCACUUAUUCGUACAUGGUGCAGUUGGUUUUUGUGUUCCUGAUAACCGAUUUCCUAAGAUACAAACCCCUGAUCAUUACCAUUGGAGCCACAGGAGUGAUAAUCUGGAGCAUGCUCAUCUGGACCACUAGUUUGCUGUCGCUACAAAUUCUAGAGUUCUUCUACGGUACCUACAUGGCCGCCGAGGUGGCCUACUUUACCUAUAUCUAUGCCAAAGUGGACAAGAAGUACUAUCCCAGGGUCACAUCGCAUACCCGCGCAGCCAUGUUUGCUGGCAAACUGGUUUCUGGGAUCACAUCCCAGUUGAUGCUUUAUCUAGACUUAAUGAACUACAAGCAGUUAAACUACAUAACUCUUGGCACUCAAAUAAUUGCCAUGCUGUGGGCUUUUGGCCUGCCCAAAGUCCACAAAAGUUUGUAUUUCCAUCGGGAGAAGAUUAACACUGAUAUAGAUCAGCAAACGCAGCUGCCCGGAGAGGACAACCUGGAUGUAGCGGUCCCCCAUCCGAAAGCUACUCCCAAGAAGCCACGAGCUCUGCUUUUAAUAUGGGAGCAUACCCGCACUGCCUACACCAAUCCCCGCGUUGUACAGUGGAGUCUUUGGUAUGCAAUUGGGCUGGCUGGUUACCUCCAGGUCACCUAUUACAUGCAGGUUUUGUGGAAAGUAAUCGAGCCGGAGCCGGAAAUCGCCUGGAAUGGAGCCGUUGAUGCCAUCUUAACUGCUCUGGCGGCUCUCAGCGCCUUGGCCGCAGGAUAUCUGCACACCGGGCGCCUCAAACCGCGCACAUCCCUCCUGAUCAUGGUUUUCUUGUCCGCCUUGGAAGGCGGCUGUGUACUUAUCUGCUGUUGGACGAAUGACAUUUAUUGGUCGUAUGCAGGAUUCAUUGUAUUCGGUGGUCUUUACGGCUUCACCAUCACCUUGGCCAGUGCUGAGGUGGCCAGGCAUUUAGAGGACGAUAUCUUCGGGCUUGUAUUUGGCUUUAAUACGUUUGUUGCCCUCAUCUUUCAGUCGCUCUUGACCUUGAUCUUCAUCACAGGCUUUCAACUUGAUCCUGUGGGUCAGUAUGCGGCAUACGCUUUCUAUUUCAUUGGCGUUGGCGUUCUGUAUUUGACAUCCGUGCUGGUGGAGUGGCUUUGGUGCCCUGCCCCCGAGAGCGAAACGCUGGAAAACUCUUUGGAGUAAUUUUAGAUGCAUUUAGACAGUACUUAAAGUUGCCGGUUUGUGACUUAAGAGAACACAUGUUCCUGCGUUGGAAUACUCUGAUAUAGUAUUCAUGCGAUGGUUGAUUAUAUUCCCAGAAGAGUUAUCUCACCUUAUUAUCUGCAAUCUGAUUCAGACUUCUAAGUAAACCGUGCUGAUUUCCAUUUAUAAAACGCACAAUCAGUCUCAAGUGCUCGGAAUAAAGAUACCAAUUAUUUGUAGUA